CCCUAUACCCUAACCAUAUACUUUAUACCCUAAACAACGAACCGUAAAAAAUUACUUAUAAAGUUUAGUAUAAUUGUUGGCUCAUAUUCACCCGCCCAUAAAUUUUCCAUUCCAAAGUUCCCAUCCAAACCUCCAUCUCAUUUUCAAACCCGCAACUCGACUGAGUUAUUGCAAUCGUAAGACUUAACAGACCAAGUUUAACACCCAUUUUGAAAUGAAAGUUCAACUUGAACACAACUUAAAUGUGCAAAAAUUUUACUUAGAGUUGUAAAAUAAAAAUCAUGUAGUGUUGAAAUUGCAAUAAAUGUAGAAGCAUAGAAAACAAGUAGACAAAUUAAGUGAAUUUUUCUAAACUAAAUUAUUGAUCUAAACAACAAAUUUUUUUUCCUUUUUCCUUUUCACAAAAAAUUAAAAUACUAAAAUUCUCCUUCUUCUUUCUGCUUCCAUAAAUUAUAAACACUCAAUUUUCCCUCCGCUUUCUCUUUCAUUUGAAUAACCAAAUUUCCCUUUUCGUUCCACAAAAAGUUGAAAACUCAAAAUUUUCCUCCUUAUGUCUCUUUCAUAAUCAAAAGAACCAAACUUUACCACUUUUCGCUUCCCUCAAAUCAAAACCACCAAAAUUCCCCACUUUUCUUGAAAAUUGAAAGAAACUAAUUUCCUUCUUCUUUCUCUUCCCAAAAAGUUGAAUACACCAAAUUUUUUCUAUUCUUUUAAAAACAUUAAAUUAUCAAAUACAUUGUUUUGUUUUAUUUAUAUUUAAUUGAUAACUUUAUUGAAUAGUUAAAUUAACCAAAAUUUUAAUUUAUAUAUUAUAUUAAUAUUUUCCAUGAUCUCAAUUAUUAAUUAUUUCAUAUUUAAUUUUUAAAUUUUGUUAAAGAACUUAGCGUUCAAGUGAUCUUCAUGUUUCAAUUUUUGUAAUUUUCUUAAAAUACAUAAUAUCAAGUGAGUUAACAUAUUUUUAAAUUUCCUAAACGAAAUGACGAAAUAAUUUUACUUCAGUUCAAAAUGAAAGCUUUAUUUUGAAAAACUAUGUAUUAUAUAAUAUAAUAGUUAUUCCAGUGGAGUAGGUGCAGUUCGGGUUGAGUCGGUCGGGUUGCAGGUUAGUCUGGUUCGGGUCAUUUGUGUUCAGGUUAAUUACGUUGCAGGUUUAAUCGGGUUGCAGGUCAAUCGGGUUCGAGUUAAUCGGGUUGCGGGUUAGUCGGGUUACGGGUCUAUCGGGUUGCGGGUUGGGCGGGUUACGAGUUGUUGACUUUUAGUCAAUUCGGGUUGCGGUCGGGUUGUGACACGCCACGACACAACUCAAAACUGCGACCAAGUAUAAUUGCUGAAUGGAAAUGCAGAAUAGUUGUAAGAUUACUUUAUCAACCCGGGGUCUAGAUCUACUGCCUACUCCGUGAUUAUCUAUUAUCUAGCAGGAAAGAUUUAGUGAAUGUGAUUUAAAGCUAAAGCAGACAGAAAGCAGUAAAUUGUUUGAAGUUCUUAAGCAAGGGAAGAGUCACUCGGGAAUGAGUCCCCUUAGCUCCUUAGUUAGGUCCAAGUUGUAAUUUCCUUUGGUUGAUUUACUAUUGAUUAAACUGCGGUAGAUCUGACAGUAGCUUGGAAUCUCUUAAGCUGACCAAGCCAUCUCAGAUAGACUACCCGGCAGACGACUAGUCUUCACUGGGAUAGAACGCUACUGAAAUUAACACAGAACUCCACUACUGGAAUUGGAUUCCAUUACAAAGAAGUGAAUCGACUAACUCUCGUAUAAUCAAUUCACUACUAGCGGCUGAAGAAGCUCUAACAACCUAAUCAGAUUAUAUAUAUCUCAGGUUGCAGCAAAAAUCAAAAAAAGUUGAUUAGGAUUCAAUUGACUCAAUAAACACACUUCAAUCGAUUAUAAUCAGACAGUAUAUCAAUCCAAAAGUCACUACAACCAAUAUCCCUAACACAUGGAACUAGGGUUCUUCAUACCCAAGUGAGAUAGAGUUCUACUCCAUAGAGAGAGAGAGAGGAAAACCGAAUACAAAGCAGUCAUACUCAUAAUGAUGGGAAGAAUCUGCUCUGGGAUAAUAAUCUUCACUCCAAGGACUAAAUCCUAGCUUGAUUGAUGAAACUUAGCUCCAAAAUCAAUCUUAGGGUUUGUUCUUCACACUUUCUCUCUCUAAGACUCUGUUUUUGCUCUGAAAAUUCUUCUCCUUCUUUAAAGACCCAAAAUUUGGUUAAAAAGCUAGUUCUGCCGGUGUAACACUCCAAAACGCAGCGUUCAAAUUAGUGACUCCAAGUACUUGAACAUUCAGCUUCCUAAGCAUGGUCAUGAAGUUCCCGAAUUCUACCUCUAGCAGUCUUUGUGCAACCGAGUAGGGAAAGGGAGUUGAGGGAUAUACUCCUUCACCACUGGUUGCGUCUUAGGAGCAAGCACCUCAACCUCCUUCUCCAAUUCUUCUUCAACAGCUGGAAAUGCUGAAGCAGGUCUCUCUCCCGCUUGUCUGGCCAGGACAUGUGAGUCUGCAGUCACUUUGUCGCUCCUUAUAGUGAUAGCAUUACAGUAGGCAUUCGCGUCCUUCUUAUUAGGAAUGAUAUGACCCGGCAAGGUACCUGGAGCCCUCUAUGCCAAUGCUUGAGCCACACUUCCCAGCUGGGUUAGGAUAUCCUGCAAAACAGCUUGUGUGUUCCUCUGGCUAGCUUCAAGGGCCAGGAAUUUACUCGAGGCCUUUUCCAUGAACUGCUCGAUAUUGCUGAAUUUAUGCGAAAUGGAACUGGCAAGAGAACACACCAAGUCCAGCAGUUCAGCUGUCGGAUUAUUCUGCAUUGGGGUUGCAAGAGCUGCACCUACAUGGGCUGGUAGAGAGGCUGUUGUUGCUGCUGCUGGAAAGGUCGCGACUGUGGUUGAGCAGCCUGCCCUGCACGGGCUGGUAGAGAGGCUGUUGUUGCUGCUGGAAUUGUCCCUGCCUAGGCUGAUAUGGAGGUCUCUUGAAGCCCGGAGGUCCCUGGGAGACUGGUGGCUUAGGAGUACUUCCACUCCAAGAGAAAUUGGGAUGCUGGCGCCACCCCUCAUUAUAAGUGUUGUUAUAGGGGUAGAAACGCCUGGCAUUGCCGAUGAAGUCCAACUACUCAUGGGGAGUAGUAAAUUCCCUCAUCGCCUGACAAUCUUGUACAUUGUGAUGGGAGCUCUCACACCAAUGGCAACGCAUUACCUGUUGCUGUCCUGUAACUGGAACGAUCCCAGCACGAUCGAUGGUCGAGACCAGCUUAGAAACAACCUGUUCCAACUCGGACUACUAGGUGGCUACAGCAUGCACACCCCGACCUGGUGCUCGUCUCGAUCUCCUAGCAGUUCCCCAGUCAUAUCCAUGCUCUGUCAUCUCUUCGAAGAGUCGAUUUUACUGUGACGGCGUCUUAGUUAGCAUGUUCCCGCCGCAAACCGAGUGAAUCAGCUGCUUGUCUUCUGGGAAGAGGGCGUGGUAGAAGGUGCCCACCUUGAAGGCGUCAUUGAAACCAUGAUUGGGACACUUCAUGAAAAGAUUGGUGUAUCUUUCCCAAGCAUCCCGAAUGGUUUCAUCCCCCUCUUGUGCAAAAUCAGUGAUCUGCUUCUACAGGUCCGCCAUUUUUUAUGGAGGAUGAUAGCGGGUGAGGAACUUGUCCGCCAUAUUGGCGAAUGUAGUGAUCGAUCUCGGAGGCCGAGUGUCCAGCCACUCCUUGGCCUUCCCCUCCAAAGUGAAUGAGAAGUUUCUCAGCUGGAUGGCAUCGGCAGGGACCCCAUUUAUCUUGAUCCCAUCAAUCAGCUCGUGGUAUCGCCGAAGGUGCGAUCUGGGACACUCCCCCUUCUUUCCACGAAAUACCACUAAGCCACGCAACAUGGUCAUGAUAGAGGUACUCACCUCAAUGUUGUUGGCAGCAACUUGAGGGUUUUAGAUGAGGGACCUCAUUUCUGCGGCUCUGGCGGUCUAGUAAUAGCCCAUGGUAUGCUCCUCGGGAAUGACCACAUCAUUGUUUUGUGGCUCACCCAUGUCUUCCUCAUGGUUGAUGUGCAGCUGUGCUAGAGCCUCCUCUGCAGCCAGUCGCGCUUUUAAAGAUCGCUUGAAGUUCCUAUAAGUCUGUUCAAGCUCUUGGUCUAACGGCAGUAGUUCUCCUGACUGGCUACGGGUCAUGUACUACCUGCUCACAGAAUGCGAACACAACCCGUGAAGGAACACAGGUGGAAGAGAGAGAACGCAGUAAAGAAAAUGCUUAAGUAACAGACUUUCACGUUUCUAAAAUAACCUAGAAGGUCCCCGACAACAGCGCCAAAAACUUCACACGCUACGACACAACACCAAACUGCGACCAACUGUAAUCGGAGAAUGGAAAUGCAGAAUAGUGGUAAGUUUACUUUAUCAACCCGGGGUCUAGAUCUACUGCCUACUCCGUGAUUAUCUAUUAUAUAGCGGGAAAGAUUUAGUGAAUGUGAUUUAAAGCUAAAGCAGACAGAAAACAGUAAAUUGUUCGAAGUUCUGAAGCAAAGGAAGAGUCACUCGGUAAUGAGUCCCCCUAGCUCCAUAGUUAGGUUCAAAUUGUAAUUUCCUUUGGUUGAUUUACUGUUGAUUAAACUGCGGAAGAUCCGACAGUAGCUUGGAAUCUCUUAAGCUGACCAAGCCCUCUCAGACAGACUACCCGGCAGACGACUAGUCUUCUCCGGGAUAGAAUGCUAAGGAAAUUAACACAGAACUCCACUACUGGAAUUGGAUUCCAGUACAAAGCAGUGAAUCGACUAACUCUCAUAUAAUCAAUUCACUACUACUGGCUGCUGAUGCUCUAACAAACUAAUCAGAUUCAA